UAGCGCUAAAAAUUUCCCUCCUCCAACCUUGAUCCUGUUUGACCCACUUCUGAAGAGUCAAGAUAUAUGAAUAUGACUAAUCCUCUCCGUUCGUAUUUUCUUAUUGACUCUUUCUGACCCUUUAGGUUGGGGCGGGUGAAUCGGAUUAGUGGGUCGGUCCUAAUCAAGUGGAAUCUCAAUCCCUUCACUCUCACUUGCUUUCUCUCCUAUUCCACAAGUGGGUAACAUACAGUAAUCCGGCCAACGGGCCGGGUAAUAGGCUAGUUAGAAAUUAUAAUGCGCCAAUUGGUAUCAGAGCCUAGUUCCGAGGAACCGGGCUUGGUGAAGCUCGCAUACAGGGAUGAAGGCUUGGCGUGUCUCUUGGGGGAUGUAAGAACCCUAAAAGAUGGACAAACCCAGCUUUUGGAGGGACAAGGUCAAUUGAUUGGCCAGGUUGGAGCGCUGCGUGAAGAACAAAAGAGAAUGGCGAGUGAGGUUCACUCGAUUCUUGUCAUCCUUAAUGACCUACCUUGGGGAAAACCGGUGAUGGAAUCGUUGAAGAGACUAGAGGAAGGCGCUACGACAGAACGUGAGCUGGCGCCGAAGCCAGUUGUGGCUGGGUUGGAUGCGCGCGAGGUGGAGCCCGAGCCGAAGGGAGAAGCAAACCGAGGUGGCGACGGGGAUCAACUGCCAUCGGAGAAGCGUAUGAUCUUGCUGCCUGUAAAGCGGCGGGUUGCAACAGGACGCUGCGAUAAGAGGUGGAGUGAUUCACGGAUUUGUUGGACCGUCAAUGGGAGGACUGACCGGCGGCUUAUUGUAUGGGGUUGGGUCUUCGAAUCGGGAUGGUGAAGCUCGGGAAGCUUGCCGCUCGAGUCUCGUAGGGGCUGAUUCAGGGCCAGUUGGGGUCGCGUGGAUACUUGAGCCUGGCCUGGGAGAAGUUGCGCGGGCGGUAAUUGGAGGAUGCGCAGGACGGGUGGAUCUUGUGAUAAAUGGCAAUAACAUGG